AUGGCAUAUGGAUUAUUAAGAAGCUCUGAUGAAAUGGUUGGUAGCGCAGAAAAGCGUAUAAAACGAGAAAGAACUGCAGAAGCAAUGCUAGCGCAGAGUGAGCGAGUGAUUAUUGUUCCAUUAGUUAGUAUGGAUAAGUUGGAGAUGGCAAUAGGCACAUUUGGCCCAUUCUUCCCCAUGGCGCCAGCUACAGUUCCUUUAUAUGUAGCACUAUUCUUAAGACACUCUCUUCUAUGCACAAUACAGCCACCAGACUGGCUGUGCAUAAAAUACUUGCAGAAAACAAUUGAUUUAGAGGAAACUUCCCCCGAUGAAUUUGCACCAGUUAGCAUGUACAUAUUUGAUAAUGCAGAGACAUGUUUAGAUAGCUGUGACAUAACUGAAAAUAUUGGAGAGAUUAAAAUACUCAUAAAGAAGCUUAAAGAGCUCAGAAUAAAAAAGCUCUUAAAAGGAGUAGAAUUUAUAGACACCCCCGUAAUAGGAAUGAACAAUCUUACAUUCUAUGAAUUUAGAAAAAUAAAGGAAUAUAUCUUACCACAUAUGGCUAUACAACGAGAUUUGGCAGAUGAAACUGAAUAGCAGCGCAUUAAUGCAAAUCUAAUAAGAUGCACAUAUAGACGUAAGUAAGUAUUAAAAUAUGCCUAAAUGCACUGCUUCUAAUCGAAACUUCUGUAUUUAGGGUUAUUUAUGCCUAAGAAAUCUCUGGCUAAU